UUGCACUCUUAUUUCCACCGAUUUUGAGUGGUUUUGUUUCCAGAACACUUCAAUAUACAGCAGCCUUUUCUCCCGGGAGAUUAUGCUGCUCGAAGUAAAGCUUUGGGAGAAGUCUUGAUGGUUCAGCGACCUUGUUGUGACACGCCCGGUCUUGUUACUUCGAGGACCUGACGACGCGGGGAAGUCCUGGUCUGGCCUCCUUCCGAUGCUGAUCCGAAAGGCUUGCAUCGUCCCUUCAACUGACUUUACUACAACGUCUGGUAUACUGUUGACCAGCUGUGCCUCCGGCAGGACCUAGAAGCAUCUGGUCCGAAUGAAUGCAUAUGGAUUCUGUCAUAUAUAAUGGGCUCCCGAAGCAAAGACAAACGACCGCUGGUUGACCCGACUGCCACACAGGGGCCCUUCAUCCAGCCGGGCCUCGAGGACCCCAACGCCCCACAACCGACCGAGACCACGAGCCUCCUCACGAAGCCAAAGACGAGCGAAGAGAAGGCUCAUGAUGUCCAUUAUCGCAACAUCUCUGGGCGGCGCUUCCGGUUUCUGUUCUGCAGCAUCCUCUUCGGCUCGACCAUUGCCUUCUUUGACACCACUUUGAUGGCAUCGGCUCAUCCUGUCAUCACGUCCUACUUCCACGCAUCCAAUGCCGCCUCUUGGGUCAGCACUGUCUUUUAUCUGACAUCCACAGUGUUUCAGCCGCUCUAUGGCCGCUUGUCAGAUACGCUUGGCCGACGGCCGGUGUUUCUGACCGCCAUUGUGAUGUUCUUCGUGAGCACGGCGUUGUGCGGCGCCGCAUCGGAUAUUGGCAGUUUUAUUGCUGCCCGGGCUAUUUGCGGCUUGGGCGCCGGCGGCGUCAUUGCCAUGGCAGGUAUACUGACCAGUGAUGUGGUUAAGAUUGAGUAUCGCGGGAUCUAUCAGAGCUACUUCAACGUGGCUUUCGGCAUGGGCAACGGCCUAGGCGCAGCAUUGGGCGGAUUCCUCUGCGACCACUUUGGGUGGCGAGCAGCAUUCUACCUCCAGCUCCCAUUUAUCUUCAUAUACGGAUUUCUCGCGUACUUGUCAUGCCCGGAAGAUCUUGGACCGAACCUAGCCAAGACGCAGGGCAAAACCAUCCGGGAGGCGUUCAAGACCUUCGACACUCUGGGAGCCAUCACGCUCACCGUGACCGUGACCUGUCUGAUCCUCGGUGUCAAUCUGGGCGGCAAUGUCUUCACCUGGGGCCAUCCCUUGGUAAUCAGCAGCCUGAUCUUGUCGGCGGUAUCGGGGGUAUUGUUGUCCUUUGUGGAACGCAAAGCAGAGUUCCCAAUGCUACCCUUGAGACUGCUGUCAACCAUCCCCAACGGCAAUCUGAUGUGGUCGAACUUCUUCGGCGCGAUUGCCACCAACACCAUCUUGUUCAAUGUGCCCUUGUACCUACAGGCAGUGCGGCAGACAUCGCCGACUGCAUCGGGCUUGUUUCUCGUCUCGCCCCUGAUCGGCGUCAGUGUCACGGCCGUGUUUAUCGGGUUCUACAUCACGGCCACGCGUCGGAUGAAAGGACCAAUGACGAUCGGGACUUCGUGCAUGCUACUCGGCACGAUUUUGGUGACGUGUCUAAGGGCAGACACGCCCAUGUGGUUGGUGCCGAUUUUGAUUCCCUUUUGCUCCAUCGGACAAGGGUUCUUUUUCCCUGCCGCGACCAUCGCCGUCCUGGCCUUGAAUUCCCAGAACGAGCAGGCCGUCGUCACCACCACGCUCGGUCUGCUGCGCAACUUGGGCGCCAUCAACGGCGUCGCCAUCAGCAGCUGGAUUCUACAAAAUGCGUUGCUCGUCUAUCUAGACCGCAGCGUCAGUGCGCAGCCCGACCAGGAAACAAAGGCCCGCAUCAUCGCCACGGUGCGCAAAUCCAUCGCCUCAAUUAGGGACUUGGAUCCCUUGCACAAGGGCGAGGUCAUCAAUGCCUAUGCGCAGAGUCUGCGCGUCACUUUCGCCGUCGGCAUCAUCUUUACCGUGCUGAGUAUUUGUUUGGUUUGGCCCAUCAGGCUCCCUAGGUUACAGGGUGAAGACGAUUUGGAUACGAACCAGACGUCCGUAUUUGCCCCAGUGGCUGAGGAUGGCACCGUGGAUUACUAUGACGAUGAUGAAGAAGUCAUAGCAGAUGAUGAUGAAGAUGGUGGUACCAUCGGAGAGACGUCUUCGCUCGGUGUCACGAGGACAAUGUCCUCUAUAUACCGCACUGCCACGAACAGGAGCGUCAGGACCGCCCGGUCUGCGGCGCGGACAUUCGCUGAUCUGGAGAGGCGGCCUAGCUUUGACAUGACUAUUACCUCCUCGAUUUAGGAGGUUAGUUUCGUGAGAUCUCCAGUGAUUGACAGAUUCCUCCUUGUACAGAAGUGUGUGUAGCGGUAUAGUUGAACGGAUAAGAAACAUACAUUUACCUGUCAGGUACAUAGGUAGUUUAUGGUACAAAUUCUACCACUUGAGUAAUAUAUACUAUUACCC